CAUUCUUCAUUCUCCCUCCUCCCGCAUACAGCCCGAUUGCGGCACGUCUACACUUUUCUGUCCCUGGGUUACUUAUCCUCCCUCCCUCCUGUUCGGUCUCCCAACUUUCUCUUCAGUGCCAUGGCGCUACGCUCAAAACCCCUCUGUGUAUACGUGGCGCAGAUCAUCGGUGUUUUAUUUUCUUUGGGUUUUCUUGCAUCUGCUGCAGGCAGCGGAAUUUCCACUGGGUCUGCCACUAGCCUAUUGCCAGCUUACGACCCUCUCUAUUAUCUGGGAGUGCGGGCGUAUUUCUCUGAAGACUGGGAAAAAGCUGCAGAACAUUUCGAGAAGUCUAUAUCCAUUCGUCAGGCUAUUCUUCAAACACGUCGAAAAUGUCACGAUGACUGUUUGUUUGCAGGGGAUGACAGACUAUCCUAUUUGGAGACGGAGACGGGUAGCCUAUGGGAUCUCUAUGCUUUGGACUGGGUUCAGCGUCGGGCUGAGUGUGCCAGAUUCUGUCUGGGGAGAGCCGUCACUCCUGCCGGACAGCUCCCUGUGUCUACCGACAUCGACUAUGAGUUUGGAACCCGCAAUGCAUACAACUUCCUCCAGCUCACCUACUUUAAGCUGGGCAAAAUGCACAAGGCCGCUGCUGCAGCACACACUUUCUUUGUGGCCAACCCCAGUCAUCUGGAGAUGCGAAACAACAUUGAGAAGUACAGGCGCAUGGAUGAGGUGACAGACGAUGCAUUUAUGGACAGAGAGAAAGAGCUGGAGAGGCACUGGGAGGUGUACGACUCGGCCGUCCUGGCGGAGAGCUCAUCAGACUGGAAGCGGGCGGUGGAGCAGUGGAAGGACUGUGUGAACGUGACGCUGCAGCACACGGAGGACUGCAGGGCACAGUGUGUCGUGGCCUCCAAGACUCUCCCCGAGGAGGACGCGCCAGAGAGGACCGGCGGGGUGUAUGAAAGGGCAGCUGCACUCUCUCUCUCUUUGCUGGCUUGUCAGCAAUCUUGCGUGACUCUUGUGGCAACGCGACCUGGAAGGGUUUCUGCUCAAGAGGACCUCCUGCCCACCCAGUUGGAGCAUUUACACAUAGCCCAGUUCAAAGCUGGUGACCUAAAGGGGGCGAUACAGACUCUGCGCUCUCUGCUGCUCUUCUACCCCUCUGACGCAGAUUCGCUAAACAACCUGCAGCUUUAUUCUGAGACACUAGGGGGCGACGCUAAUGCAGCUGGCACAGAGCCCUCACAGGAAAUCUCCAGGUAUGUGAAAAGGUCUCUGCAGGAGAAGAAGUUGCUUUACUUUGGAAUGGAAAAUUUAAACUUCAACUUCACAGACCCAGAUCUGUGGACCCCAGAAGAUAUUGUGCCAGAGUCACUGAGAGAAACAUGGAGGGCUGAGAGGGAGAGACUGAGUGGGAUGCCGACUGAGGAGGAGGAGGAGACGGAUGACAGCGGCUUCUAUGCAGGGGGCUCAGUACCACUGGUUGGUGUGACAAUCACUAUGGAUGACCAAGCCUUGAAUGGAACAAAUCGUGUCCUCCUAGAUGGUGUCUUAUCUCAGAAAGAAUGUGAUGCCAUACUACAGCUUGCCUCUUCUGCUACAUCAGCAACAGACAGCUCUCGAGGCAGACGCUCACCUUACACACCUCAUGAAAAAUUUGAGGGUCUCACCAUCCUCAGAGCACUCAAGCUGUCUCAGGAUGGGUUUCUCAAUCAGUCCGAUGUGAAGCUGCUGCACGAGGUCGGAGAGAGGGCGAGGACGCUCCUGCACGCCUACUUCAGGAGUCCAUCAGGCCUCUUCUUCUCCUUCAGCCAUCUAGUCUGUCGCAGCCCCGUCCCUGGACACCAGGAAGGUAGGAUGGACCUCUCUCACCCGGUACACGUAGACAACUGCAUACUGGAGCCAGAGACCAAACAGUGCUGGAGAGAGGCACCUGCUUUCACGCACAGAGACAUGAGUGGGAUACUGUAUCUAAAUGAAGACUUUGAAGGUGGGGAGUUCUUCUUCACGAAAAGGGAUGCUAAAACCGUCACAGCCAGAGUGCAGCCAAAAUGCGGCCGAUUGGUUGGAUUCUCCUCCGGACCUGUCAAUCCACAUGGUGUUACCGCGGUGACCUCGGGUCGGCGAUGUGCAUUGCCUGUCUGGUUCACCAAAGAGCACCACCACAGAGACAUGGAGCGGGAGGAAGCAGAGGCUCUGUGGACAGCGGAUGGACAGAGCGUACUGAAAGAGGAAAAGAAGGAUGGGGAGGGUGCCCAGCCUGCAGCCCGAACAGGGAGAAGCCAAGCGUCGCGGGGGAGGAGCCAAAGGGAGAUAAGGCGGGAAGAACUGUGAGAGUGACAGAUGGAAGAGCCAGUACCGUCCAUUUUGAUCCCGUCUGUUGGCCCCUCCUCUGUCUGAGCCUCAGACCCCUGCCCUUCCACCCCCCCCCCCCCGCAUGGCCUCAGUGAUCUCUAUUGUCCCACCAGACACAAUCAGCCUAUGAGGUCCUUUUCUUCAAAACUGUGCCUGGUGGUUGUUGGUGCGUGUGUGUGUGUGUGUGUGUGUGUGUGUGUGCGCCUGUGUGUAUUUGUGUCUGCAUGCUUGCGUGCUUUUAUGGCAGGUUUAUCGUUUUACUUGUGCUGUUGUGAGUCCCUCAGCAGCUAUUCAGGAUUAUAUUUCAUUUUUGGAAUAAAGUUACACAGUGGUGGAAGAGUACAACCCUGAUCUUGGGUGCGUGAGCAGUGAUAUUUAAGCAGAGAGACCGAGGUGGUGGUGGGGGGUAGUUGAGGCGUGGAGGGGAGGGGGAGGGGAGUGAUGGGUGACGAUCUCUCCAUUAACCGAUUAGAAGUGCAGCCCGUUUUCAUCUUCACAUUACCAGGAUUAGAGCUGAAGAGGAGGUAGAGGGUUAAUACAGCCUGGCCCAUUAACAGGCACAGGGACGGAGGGAAGAGUGAGAAGGGGGGGGGGGGGCCUGAUAGGCUCAGCUCUUCAGUACAUUAACACUGAUGGAGGCAGCGAGAGAGACAGAACAAGCGAGAGGGAGCAGAGGGGGGCGGGUGAGCCGUCCACGGCCGGUUGGUGAGCGGAGAAAGGGACCGAAAGCGAGAUUACAGCUAAUCCCUCAUAAACGAGAGCAUUUGUUUAUGAAGCUUAAAAAAACUCCUCCAUUUAGAAUAUGGAAUAAUAAUCCACAAGAAAUCAUUUAAUCAUUCGCAGCCUGCCACUACCUCCCACCCCCCCUCCCCAGCUAGCCACCAGCCCCCCCGUCUCAACACGAUUUCCUUCCCAUUAACGUGAACCAGGCCUCCCAGUGCCUCAAAGGCAUGACGAGUGUCAGAACGGAAUCAAACGCUGUCUGCGCGUCUCAGAGCUUCUGUGCUAUAAUCUGCUCAAAGCACACGGAUGGCUCCUCAGUGAUGCUAAUGGAAGAUAAAGUAUUUACCCCUUCCUCCCCAUAGCCCAGCUCUUGCUGUUACUCCAGCAUUCAAAUCCCGUAUUAAAAGGACACAUUAAUGGAGGGGACUCAGACCUACUGAUGCGCUUCUUCAGGAAUUGACAGGCCUGAGACCCACCUGCUUUUGCACAGGAGAGAUGUGCCACUGCUGUGCAUCCCAGCCCAGGGCCUCGUGACAUCACAUCACAUCAUUAUGUAAGCUGCAGCAUAAGGCACUGUGUCAUGACAUUCAACAAGAAGAAAAAAAAUGCUCUGAAGACCUGAGAGUUGACUGCUGUGGCUGGAACCAGAGUGCAUUAGACUCGGCUCUAGUUCUCCACUCGCUCUAAUACUCCAUCAUGCAGUUUGGGCCUACGCUCAGCGGCUGUCAGUUUGGAAGUGUCAGCCGGGCCUUGAAGCCUGACUACCUCCCCUUGGCGCAUACGAUCUGGUUAAUGCUCUCUUUAUUGACUAUAAAAGACUCCAUGUUAUCCAGUUGGUAAUGAUGGUAUAGAGAGCAUAGACUCAGUAACGGCUGAGCUGCCUACAGGGGCUUAUCUUGAGGGAUUGCACCCUAAAGCAGCCGCAGCAACAACAACAGUACAGCCUUAAGCAACUUCUCUCAUUGUGCAGUCAUGUGAAAGCAAAACCCCAUUCGCAGCCUCUCUAACAGAUUAUAAUCCUCAUCUAUCUGUGCCCAUUGUGUUGCUUUAUCCACCCUCUCCUCCCCCCUCCCUAAAUCCUGUGAUGAUGGUGCCAGGGCUGGGUCCUUGGUUGUGCUCUCUCCACGGUGUUGAUGGAAAUAUAUGAGAUGGGAGUAUACAGUAUAUGAUCAUAUGAGGCUGUUGUGGAACUCAUUUACAAAAGGUAUUCACAUGUCAUGUCAUACCCUCUAUGCUUUGUCUCUCAGUGUUUUCUCAGACUGUGUGGUCAGUCUGGUCAUGUCUCCCACCUUCCAAUAAAUGCAGUCUCACUCUUCCUA